AUGAUUUGUACGUACACACAAUUAGAAGCGCAAGAACGGACAGAAUGGAUGUGUACAGAUCUCGAAUGUUUGUGGGUAACAGUACCAGGAAAAUAUUUAAGUUGUCAAGACAGACAUAGUUUACACAUUGGAGUUGUUUAUAUACCGCCCGAUAAUUAUCAAUCAAAGCGUUUAGAUAAUUUUAUAGAAAUGCUCACAAAAAUCAUAACUCAAUAUCCAAAUGAUCACUUUAUAGUUGCCGGUGACUUCAACCUAGCGAAUAUAUCCUGGUCCUCUUCAGGUCCCGUCAUGCUUAAGCAAGGUCCAGUAGAAUUACAAAAUGCUGCAGUAAAGUUAAUUGAUCUAUGCAACUUAUCUGGGCUAAAUCAACAUAAUAUUAUCAGCAACUAUAGUGGCAACGUACUAGACUUAGUGUUUAGUAACAUAAACAUAGACGUUACCCGUUCUCAAAUAUAUCUUGUAUCUGAGGAUAAAUAUCAUCCUUCUUUAUUGCUUGACGCAUCUGAUCUUUCAAUACCCUGUUUAAAAAAUAAACCACGAUCAAAAUUAAACUUUUAUCGAGCUGAUUAUGAUAAAAUAAAUAAAACUUUCUCAGAAGUCAACUGGUCUACCUUGUUAAUUGGCAACUCAAUUGAUGUCGUAGUUCAAAAUUUUUAUUCCCAACUAAAUCUAAUAAUUGAUAAACUUGUACCUACUUGUUUAUCGCGUUCAUCUAAUUACCCUGUAUGGUAUCCUAAAUCACUAAGGCAUAUUAUUCGAGAAAAGCUCUUAAAACAUAAAAAUUGGAAAAAGUAUAAAAAUCCUCGUGAUUAUGAUGAAUUUUGCAUACUACGUACUAGACAAAAGAAAUUACAGAAACAGUGCCACGAGCGCUACUCAGAUAAAAUUCAAAGUCUCUUAAAAAAUGAUCCUAAAAUAUUAUGGUCUUAUUUAAAAUCUAUACGUAAUAGCAACUCUACAUAUCCUAAUACAUUACAAUUAGGAAAUGAAUUAUACACAAAUGAAACGAACGUGUGUGCGGGAUUUAAUAAAUUUUUUGAAAGUGCUUUUCAAAAACGUUCUUCUUCUUACGAUUAUUCCCAUAUUCCAAACGUUGAAUCAAACGAUAUAUUACAUAAUAUAUACUUUAGUACCAAAAAUGUUUCUCGUAUUCUACAUACACUUAAAACCAAUACAGGGCCUGGUAGUGAUGGCAUACCUCCCCUAUUUAUUCAUAAAUGUGCAAAACACUUGGCCAAGCCUCUCAAUAAUCUUUAA